AUGAAACUAAACUCAUCUUUGAGAAUACUCACCUACAUUUCAACAAACCCAAUUCUCAGACUUAGACAUUACUCCCUUUUAUGUGAUCCUCACAUUGCACAACACCUGUUCGACAAAACUCCUCAGAGACUAACAACUCUCAAACAACAUAACCAAUUACUCUUCACUUACUCUCGCAAUAACCAACCCAAAGAAGCCCUCCACUUAUUUGCAUCCCUUCUUCGUUAUUCUUUACCACCUGAUGAAUCAACGUUCUCAUGUGUUUUCAAACUUUGUGGUGGCUCAUUUGAUGGGACAAUGGGUAGACAAGUUCAUUGUCAAUGUGUUAAAUUUGGACUUGUGUGUAAUGUUAGUGUAGGAACUUCACUUGUUGAUAUGUAUAUGAAAACUGAGUCUGUUGAUGAUGGGAGAAGAGUUUUUGAUGAAAUGGGUGAGAGAAAUGUUGUGUCUUGGACUUCCUUGCUCGCGGGUUAUUCGUUGAACGGAUUUUAUGAUUAUGUAUGGGAGUUGUUCUGUCGGAUGCAAUUUGAGGGUUUUUUGCCGAAUCGGUAUACGGUUUCUACUGUAAUUGCAGCUAUGGCUAAUCAUGGUGUUGUUGAUGUAGGAUUGCAAAUUCAUGCCAUGGUUGUGAAACAUGGUUUUGAAGGAGCGAUACCUGUUUGCAAUUCUCUGAUUAUUAUGUAUUCGAGGUCAGGGUUGUUAAGAGAUGCUAGAAAUGUUUUUGAUAAAAUGGAGAACAGGGAUUGGGUUUCUUGGAAUAGCAUGAUUGCAGGACAUGUGACAAAUGGACAACAUUUGGAGGUUUUUGAAACUUUUAAAAACAUGCAACUUGCAGGGGUUAAACCUACUUACAUGACAUUUGCUAGUGUUAUUAAGUCAUGUGCUAGCCUUAGAGAAUUGUUGUUAGUAAGAUUGAUGCAGUGUAGAGCUUUGAAAAGUGGUUUUACCGAACACCAUAGUGUCGUAACCGCACUCAUGGUAGCAUUGAGUAAGUGCAAGGAAAUGGAUGAUGCGUUUAGUCUAUUCUUGUUGAUGGAAGAAGGUAAGAAUGUGGUGUCAUGGACUGCUAUGAUCAGUGGCUACUUGCAGAAUGGUGGCACUGACCAGGCUGUGAAUUUGUUUUCUCAGAUGAGGAGGGAAGGUGUAAAACCAAAUCAUUUUACGUAUUCUGCCAUCCUUACUGUGCAGCAUGCUGUUUUUGUUUCCGAAAUGCAUGCCGAAGUUAUCAAAACUAAUUAUGAAAAGUCAUCAUCAUCAGUAGGAACUGCACUUUUAGAUGCGUAUGUUAAGGUAGGAAAUAUUAGUGAUGCUGUUAAAGUUUUCGAGAAAAUUGAAGCGAAGGACUUAAUGGCAUGGUCAGCAAUGCUAGCGGGAUAUGCACAAACAGGAGAAACUGAAGAAGCUGCUAAAAUCUUCCGCCAAUUGAUAAAAGAAGGGAUUCAACCAAAUGAGUUUACAUUUUCCAGCAUCAUAAAUGCCUGUGCUGCUCCUACCGCGGCAGCAGAACAAGGAAAACAGUUUCAUGCAUAUGCAAUUAAAAUGAGAUUGAAUAAUGCUAUAUGUGUUUGUAGUUCUCUUGUUACCAUGUAUGCAAAGAGAGGCAAUAUCGAUAGUGCACAUGAAGUUUUCAAAAGGCAGAAGGAGAGGGACUUGGUUUCUUGGAACUCAAUGAUCUCCGGAUAUGCACAGCAUGGCCAGGCCAAGAAAGCUUUAGAGGUAUUUGAUGCGAUGCAAAAACGAAACAUGGAAGUGGAUGCUGUAACAUUCAUUGGAGUCAUUACUGCCUGCACUCAUGCUGGCCUAGUGGAAAAAGGUCAAAAUUACUUCAAUUCAAUGAUCAAUGAUCAUCACAUUUAUCCAACGAUGAAGCACUACUCCUGCAUGAUCGAUCUAUAUAGCCGUGCAGGAAUGCUGGAAAAAGCCAUGGAUAUCAUAAAUGAGAUGCCGUUUCCACCUGGUGCAACUGUGUGGCGCACUCUACUGGGAGCCGCUCGAGUACACCGCAACAUAGAGCUCGGAGAACUUGCUGCUGAGAAACUUAUUUCUCUUCAACCAGAAGACUCGGCUGCAUAUGUCUUAUUAUCCAAUAUGUAUGCUGCAGCAGGAAACUGGCAAGAAAGAACCAGUGUGAGAAAACUAAUGGAUAAGAGAAAAGUGAAAAAAGAACCAGGGUAUAGUUGGAUUGAGGUUAAAAACAAGACAUACUCAUUCUUGGCUGGUGAUCUGACACACCCUUUGUCGAACCAAAUUUACUCAAAACUUUCAGAGCUAAAUAUCAGGUUGAAAGACGUGGGUUAUCAACCUGAUACAAACCUUGUAUUUCAUGAUAUUGAAGAUGAACAGAAAGAAACUAUUCUUUCUCAGCACAGUGAAAAGCUAGCUAUUGCUUUUGGGUUAAUAGCUACACAUCCUGAAAUUCCUAUCCAGAUUGUGAAGAAUCUAAGGGUAUGUGGAGAUUGUCAUAACUUCAUCAAGUUAGUGUCACUCACUGAACAGAGAUAUAUUGUUGUCAGAGAUUCAAAUCGGUUUCAUCACUUUAAAGAUGGAUCGUGCUCAUGUGGGGACUACUGGUGA